GCAAAGUCGAAACAAACUCGGCACGCCGCCAAUCUCCAGCCUCUCCGAUCCGCGCAACUUGCAACAAAGCCAACCAUUGGACUUACUGGCUCAACCUCAUCUCACCUACUACAAUCACAUCCAUCUACAGCAGCUCUCCCUACCAAACCCAAACUUCCCCGCACACACUAAACCUAACCCCUCCCCCUCGACGAAUCCAACACCGUCAAAAUGAGCGUCAAACUCCCCCCCGCCACGCACCGCCAGCGCGCCCUCCCGCAGGGCGAACUCGAGGCUGCCUCCACGCUGCGUCUCGGCGCGGAUCAGAAUACCCAUACGCUGUCGUUGUCCGAGGCGCGGUUGGUUAUUAAUAAGGUUCUGGAGAAUAAGAGGCGGGGUGGGAAGAAGUAUGAGGAGCCGGAGAACCUAACCAAGACUUUGGAUUACCUGGAGGUGUUUGCGCGGUUCAAGGAUGAGGAGAAUAUCAAGGCGGUGGAGCGGUUGUUGAAUUCGCAUACGGAGUUGGAGAUGUUUGAGAGGUCGCAGCUUGGAAGUCUCUGCUGCGAUAAUGCGGAGGAAGCUAAAUCGCUCAUCCCGAGUCUGCAGCAUAAGAUUUCGGACGGAGACUUGCAGGAGCUUCUGGAUGAGUUGACCAAGUUGCGGAAUUUCACGGAGUGAAAGAUCUCUCGUGAAAUCUGCUCUGGUGGGAGGGUGGCUUGAAAAUUGGGGAAUCUCUAGCAUGGAGUUUGGGAGUUUGUCUUUAUGUCGUUGAUGUAUCAGCUGCAGGGGGGCAUGUCGUCAUGGCAUAGUACUGUGUAGACACUUUGCACAUGUAGACAUAAUACACAGGAG